AUGAGAGAACAAUGGGAAGCGGAAAAGAAGAAAAUAGAGGAAAUGGAAUUAAAGAAAAAAGAAGAAAAAGAAAAAAUUGAAUUAAAGAGAAAAGAGGAAGAAAUACUGAAAAUAGAAAUGGCAGAAAUGAAAAUAAAAAUAAAGGAAUUGGAGGAUAAAAAUGUAAAUAAAAGGAUAGAACAAAGUUAUAAAAGUCAAAAAGAAUGUUAUAAUUGUGGAAAAGUUGGGCAUUUAAGCAGAGAAUGUAAUGCUAAAGUAAAUCCAAGAGUAUUACCAAAAAUAUGUAAAAGAUGUGGAAAUAAAGGACAUAUUGCGGAAGAAUGUUAUGUUCCGGCAUAUAAAUUGGUAAAUGGGAACAAAAAAAAUGUGAUUUCUUGUGAAAAUUGUGGGAAUUUAGGGCAUAAUAAAGAUAAUUGUUAUAAAAAUGAGCAGGGAAUUUCUAAAGCGUUUCCAGCGGUAGACUAUGUAGGAAAUGAACAGAAGAAUAUGUUUAAAGAAAUAACAGAGCGGAUGUAA